AUGAAGCUCACGCUGCGCCAUGAAUGGAGACCACGGCCGUUUCGUUCAUUUUUAUCAGUAUUGGAUCUCAAAAUAGGCGUCCAGCUCGCACUCUACUUUGCUAUCCUCAACAAGGUCGCCGGAGUCUACGGUUUGAUCGCGCUUUUCACUGGCGGUUCGUUGGCCCAACUGAGCCUCUAUAUCUACUCAGUUUGCGGCCUCUUUGCGUAUAUGUGGGGACUACGUGCGGUUUCAUCUGCAAGUGACGAGAAUCCGGAGAAGACCACUUUGACGGCUCAUAUAUUCCUGCUCGACCAUCUCAUCGGAACUUUAUGGACGGCAUUUUUUGGAGUAGCCUGGUGGAUCUAUACGCCUCAUGAUGGCAAACGUGUAGUCAACUCGGCCGCACAAAUCGAGCUUGCUACGGGAGGCGCUGCCGUUGGCCAUCAUCCAACGUCAAUUACAGAAGCCCAACGCGCUGCUUCUGCCCUUCAACUUUGGAAUCAAGAAAAGGCGUUGGCCGCGUCUGUCAUUGUCAUAGGUUGGCUGUUCAAGGUCUACUUUUGCCUGUUGCUGUACUCGUACAGUUUCCACCUACGCAAUGAUUCGUACCGUUCUCUUCCUCUGUCAAAGCCCAACGAAGCCCCCGUCGAAUAUCUCAACUCCCCCGAGCUCCCUUUGGGAGAUCAAGAUCUAGACGAUGUGGACGCCUAUCAGAUCCCUAUAUCUAGUGCAGCAGCGUCUGUCCCAACCUCUGCCAGACCGACGAGCGCACGACAUACACCAAUGCUUUCUGGGGCGUCAUUCACUGAGUUUGUGGGCGCUCAUACAUCGCGACCUAGUGGCUGGCCAGAGUAUCACAACGAUGCGAGCGAAACUGUCGGUGAAGAAGAGGCAGCAGCCAUCGCGACGCAUGCUCGAGGCAGCUCGACCAGCAAACCAUAG